AUGGGCAAUAGACCAUCAAAUAGUGUUGACGAUGAAUCUGGUGCUACACACCAAAGAAAUUGUAUUAGAUUUCUGCCAAGCACUCAACCAACUCGAUCUGAUACUAAAUAUCGUAUAUUCGGAAAAAGUCUAAAUGGUAAUCUAAAAUACCCUCUUCCAAGUAAUAUUGAGGAAGAAAAACAUUGGUUACAGGAUCCUCACUAUUUAAUUAGACAUAUGUGGCAAAGUAAUUACAGUGCUCCUAUUGAAGAUAAACUCAGAGAAGGAAACGCUAAAAUCCUUAAUAUUUGCUGUGAUUAUGGCACUUGGACUCUAGAAAUGGCGUCAGAUUAUCCUAAUUCCCAUUUUACCGGGGUUGACGUUGCACCAAUUUUCCCUUCCGGAGUAACCAGGCCGAAUGUACGAUUCUUACAGAGUAAUGUAUUAGAUGGUCUACCUUUCGAAUCUAAUUCAUUCGAUUUCGUCCUAGUUAGACUUUUUGGAAAUAAUUUUACUGAAAAAGAUUGGGAAGAUAAAAUUAUUCAUGAAAUUGUGAGGUUAACUAAGCCUGGUGGUUGGGUUGAAUUAACUCAACCUGACUCAAAAUAUUAUAAUUGUGGUCCAAAUGGUGAAAGGUGGAACGAUGCAUUGUUAAACCAUUUAAGGUUAAAGAAUAUAAAUGGUUCUAUUUGUGAAGAUUUUGGGAUAUUAUUAACAUCAACUGGUCAAAUAUCUCGAAUCCAACAUGAAGUUGUUAUAGGUCCAGUUGGUAGUUGGGGUAAUAGAGUUGGUGAAUUGGGUGCAUCUUAUGCUCGUCAACUUUCUGGAAAAUUUAAACCAUGGAUAAUCUCUUAUCUAGACAUAACUGAGGAAGAAUAUAAUGAAAUUAUGAUCAAGGCAGAACAAGAAUUCAAUAUUCAUAGGACUUAUAUGUCAACGCAUAGAUUUGUUGGUCAAAAAAUUAAUUCCUUUCAAUAA